CAGAGGAUGAGGGGUAAAAAUCCCUAGAUUUAGCACAAAAAAAAAACCCGAGUAGGUUAUUAGGAACGGCAAAAUGUAUAAAAUCAGGAAAUUACACUAGGAGCCUCGAGGAAACAACUGGGAGCCUCCAGGACAAUAUGGUGACUUGUCAAAGGUUUGAUAGCAAACAAUAAUUUAUGCAAUGGUCUGCCUGACAAACAAUGGCCACAGCUUACCAGGUGAGGUUGAAGAGUUGGAAAAUUAUUUAUUCGAUGAGUCUUAUGGAGAUGAUGAGGUGUUUCUACCGAAUCCUGCUGCACGCCGAUAUCCAACUUUUGGAGCCCAAGAUUCAAUGGAUGAUGAAGAUAGCAUGCCCUUUGAGGAGGCAUACAGGUAGAUGGGAUUUGGCAAAUCUCUCAUGUUCAUCAAAUGCAGAUAGAUCUGGAAAUAUGACCAGAUAUGGUGGGCAAUGGGAUUUAGCAAACAUCUCAGCAGCUUCAUCACCGUUAUCCCCCCAAAGGCCCUCCAGGUCUUCGUGUCCUUUGCCCAUGAGGCAGAAACGUCCGUCAAGUUCUUCAACAAGGUCACAUUCAGGUCAAUUUGCAUAUCCACCAAGCCCCAGAACAAAUGCUCCUAGAAUGGGAUUACCAAAUUUAAAUUCUACCUACAGUGCGGGUCCAGCACAGACACCCGACUGCUGUCAGCGAGCAUUACCACAUUUAAAUUCUACCUACAGUGCGGGUCCAGCACAGACAUCAGGCCACAGUCAGCGAGCAUUACCACAUUUAAAUUCUACCUACAGUGCGGGUCCAGCACAGACAUCAGGCCACAGUCAGCGAGGAUUACCAAAUUUAAAUUCUACCUACAGUGCGGGUCCAGCACAGACAUCUGACUACUGUCAUCGAGCAUUACCACAUUUAAAUUCUACCUACAGUGCGGGUCCAGCACAGACAUCAGGCCACAGUCAGCGAGGAUUACCAAAUUUAAAUUCUACCUACAGUGCGGGUCCAGCACGGACAUCAGGCCACAGUCAGCGAGGAUUACCAAAUUUAAAUUCUACCUACUGUGUGGGUCCAGCACAGACAUCUGGAUACAGUCAGCGAGGACCACCAAAUUUAAAUUCUACCUUCAUUGAGGAUCCAGCACAGACAUCUGGCCACAGUAUGCCAGACUUUGGAGAUCUCCAUGAUUUCAGUGCAGAUUCAUUAGAUGCAAGUGAAGUAUGUGACAUGAGUGCAGAUUCACUUGAAAUGACUGCUGACUCACUAGACCAGCCACAAUUUUCUAGCUCACGACGCGACAUGAGUGCAGAUUCACUUGAUAUGAGUGCAGAUUCACUUGAUAUGAGUGUUGACUCCAUGGAAAACCCAGAAUUUUUACGCUCAUUAGUUCCAAGGAAUACAGAUGUGUCACGGAUUUCACCGGCUUAUGCACAGCGUAACAUGUCUGUACAUUCACUUAAUAUGACUGCCGACUCACUGGAUGACCCUGCAUAUUUAUGCUCACAGCAAGACAUAAGUGCAGAUUCGCUUGAUAUGAGAGCUGGCCCCGUAAUUGACCCAAUGUAUUUCUGCCCACCAGCUGCACAUGAUACGCAUCGAGCACAGAAUUCACCAUCACGUGCAUCAGCUGCACAUGGAGCACGGAAUUCACCAUCUCGUGGUGCUGGAGGUCAAAGGACUGCUGCCUCACCUCGCACUUCACAGCGGUCCAGACAUGCAGCACGUAAAAUAAAAGCUCCAUCAAGCUACAACAUUCGUCAAACCAGACCUACAAGGCAAUAUUCCCAUCAGCGUUCACCACGAAGAGAUGUGAAACAAGCCCCAAGUCGCCGCCAUCAGAUGAGAAGCGCAAGGCAAGCCAGCCCAAAAAGAAGGCUGACUCCUUGCCCCCCAUGCAGAGCACGGCGAGCUGUUACUUUGUGUUGAUAGAGAUGAGGCUUUAGAAAGGGUAAAGACAUUUAUGCUACACACAGAAAGGGAACAUCUGAAGAUCAUGGAGAAUCAUCUACAAUCACAGAGAAGAAUCCUGAAAGGAUUUUCAACUCGGAGUGCAAUAAUGUGACAACAACCUCAACCUUCCAAUAUGUUAAUGCAUGUGGAAAUUCACAGCAGUGGCGAAAGGGCACGUGAGUGAUGAAAAGUGAAGAAAAGUCAACAAAUUGACAAAAAGUCAUCAAUGUGGCACCUUCAUUAAUUGUACUGUGUUUGAUUAGCAAUGGCAAUAAAGGGUCUUUCAUUCAGGGAAGAGAAAACAUUCUUUAAUUUAUCAAUGCUUAGAUGUUUAAUUCUCAUUCUGAAGGAUGACUAUAACUUCAGCAGCACAUUCCAGGAUAAUCUCGGAAAUCUGGAAAGAAUAGUCAGCGCCACCCCCUGCAUCUUUACUGGAGUUGUUUGAUAACAGUUGUGUAAGUGCAUCAAUUUCUUUCAAUGCCUUUCGCUUACAUAAACAAACAAUCCUUGCUAAACAAGACCCCAUUCCUGAUCAUCAGCUAUUGAUCCUGCUGUAAGUCCAGAUUUUGUGGAACUCAUAUUGCUAUGAAACCUCAACCUAUGGCUUCAGAUACAUUUCAGUGGUCACUGUGCAGGCUUAAACCUGAGGAAUGGCUAAAAUUAUAAUCUAUCCCAAACUCCAUACCAUACCAAAGAAACAAAAAGCUGGAAAGAUUCAAUGGUAAAACAACAUAUAUGAAGGCAAAUAAAUGGUCCUCCCCACUCUCCCCUCAUCCUCUUCUAUGUACAGACUACCCUCCCUCUACACUCUCAGUUCUGAUGCAGGGGGUUGAUUCUUGUGGAGAUAAGAUUGCAAACAGACCAGCCAGGAUCUUAUAAAAUGGUAGAUUAAAGUUUGAAGGAUUGAGCAAUUUAAUCCUGCUCCUAAUUUGUAUGUGUGUUUUUUUUAUAUGUGCUAAGGCAUCAUUAUUCCUGCGCUGGUAAUAGAGGCUUCUAAUUAACUCUUGAACCUGCAUGUUUGCUUUCAAUAACUUGUCUACAAAGACUCCGAUUGAACAUAACAUUUCCAAAUUUUUCACCAUUUAAAUAAACACUGAGUGCUAUUUUUUAAUCUAAUAUU